AUGGAUGAGAUGCAGAUAAAAAUUGAGACGUGGACGGAAUUGAUGCAAUUGGAGAAACUGCAAGAUGUAUCGGAGGAUAUUCAGAUGACUGUCCGCGUCCGACCUAAUGGUAAACUCAACGAUGGCUUAUUCAAAUUACUGCUACGCUUGUGUUGCAUUGCAGAUAAAUGGAAUAAAUGUAAUGAACGGAACUGCGAGACUGGCAAGAGCAUUGCUAAAUUAGCCAAAUUACUUUGCUCGUUGCUGAUCAAGGUGUCUGAUGACACCAACUUUGUCAAAGCUGUAUUUAAAAUUGUUAAGUGUUUAAUUUCUUUUAAUUUAUAUGAGGAUGCGGCAGAGAUCUGUUGCUACUUGCAACCAGGCACUUUGUACAAUCCCCGAGAUAACACUAUGAAUAUUGUGAUGAAAGUAUUAUCCUUAUGGCGCGUUCUAGUUAACAAUUUAUAUGUUACUUUUACAAAUGAACCCUCGAACAUAGAGAAUUAUAAUAAGUUGAAGAGUGUUAUCAAGUAUGAAAUGAAGAUGAUGCAGAUAGCGUAUAAAAAUUAUACUAGACAUUUGAUUAUGGAGAUAAGUAUGUACUUGGACAGAAUAGCAGCAAUCGGUAAGAACACGAAAUAUUUUGAUGACUUUUGUAAAUAUAUAUUGGACUACUUGUUAGGACUGGAGUUGUAUUUAGACAAAGAUGAAAAACACUUAAUAUAUCGUUAUUUACUUCGUAUCAUGUGUCAUGUAAUAUGUAAGACUAUUAAUACAACUGAUAUUGAAUCUGCAAUAGAAACGUUAGAUGAAUUAUCUAGUUAUUUUGAUACUCUUGUGGCAGAAGAUGAGGAAUGCUAUCAAUCUUUUCAGCAAUUUCAAAGCUUGUGUAAGAAUCUUUUAGUGCCAAUAAAAAAUCUUACCAGGGACAGUGCCAAAAAUAUACAUACAGAUGAAUUUUAUGUCAAGCAAGCGUCAAUCAAAUGCAAAUGGUGCCAGAACAAAUUGUGCACAGUUAAGAGGGAUUUAUACAAUGCUAUAGUGAUGAGAUGUAGAUUCAUUAGUUUAUUAUGUAAAUUUCCUGUUAAAACUUUGCCAGUCGAGAUGUGUGUUCUUAGCAGAAAAAUCUUGGAGCAAAACGUCGAAUCCAUUAUUUAUGAAAUGAAGGAAACCGGAUGUAAACGUUGGACGCAAUCAUGGAAUAUUUGUCGUAAUAUAAUCUAUAAUAUAGGUGUACUGUCUGAACAUGUGUACGAAGAAAGUGUACAUCUGAAAGCCAUGACAGUGUGUGCAUUGAAUGCUUUGUUAACUUGCAAUCAGUCGAAUACAAUAGCUUUUCGUACAUGGAUAAGUAUUAAGAAAAAUGUUUCUGAAGACAUUGCAAACUUAACUAUGUUAGAGUGCUUGACAAAUGAUAAAGACGAGAUUAAAAAUAAACUGGGAUAUUCAUUUGAUAUUUCCAAGAAUGACUCUACUGAAUUAUGUUUAAGCGAAGCAAGAAAUUUACUGGAAGAACAGAUUAUAUUUACAAAUGGUGUAGCAGCAGUUCUAAAAAAACUUAGAAAGCUGCAGCCAAGCAAUCAAUAUGCACACACGAUGCAAUUAUUAGGAUAUUAUUUCUUAGGUUUCACACCGCAUGACAGUUCUAUUUUGAAAUAUCAUGAGCAAGCUAUAUGUGAUUUGAAGCAAGAUAAGUCUGAUUCUGUUGCCAUUCUGUGCUUGGAAGCUAACUUGAGCCUUUUUAUGUUUGUCGAAGAGUUGCAUAUAAUGAAUAAGCAAACUGAAAUAGAAAUGGAAAAUACAAAAUUUGCUUUAUGUGCUCCCAAGUUACGAGAACUAACUGAAGUCAAAUCUCCAAAUGUAGUGCCUGCUUAUACUAUGAUAAAUGUUAAAAAAGAUACUAGUCUUAUGUUGUGCCUUCAAAAAUGUUUACAAAAAUGGAAGCAAUUAUUUAAAUGGCAUUUUAAAGAAAUUGUCAAAGAUUGGGAACCUAGUCUUAUACUUCGCAUGCUGGUAACAGCUGGUGAAUAUGCCCGAUUAUAUCGAUAUGAAGAUUGUGAAGCUGAAGUAUGGACUUUGGCAUAUCAGUUAGCAUCAGAAAUGAAUGAUUAUACAAUUAUUUAUAUUACAAGUCGUUGUAUAUCAUUGAGACAAGUCAAUUACGAUUGGAUUACUACUGCUAAGGAACAUAUCAUAAAGCAUAGAAAUUCUACGGACGAAAAUGUAAUUGGCACCAUUGCUAUCUUUUGGAUAAGUUUAGCAGACCUCUAUUUUGAAUAUGAAAAGUAUGAUGAUGCUAAACAAUUACUUAUCGAAGCUAGAAGUCUUUCAGGAAUUUCAUUUCUUGCUAAUAGAACUGUGUAUUUGUUAAGUUUAGAUGUCAUCAUACGCAAUAGCCAUAUUUACAUUGAUAAUAUGCAACAUGAGAAUUAUGGUUCGUGUAUUGUGGAAAGUAUAGCUGCAAUAAGGACUUUGAAUCAAGAUCUGUUGUCGAAUAAAUGGACAAACCGAUCAACGUAUCUUUUUAGUUACGAUACACUUUUCACUGUAGCAGUUAAUUUAUCCAUAAGGAUAAAUAAUCUAUUAUCUUUUCGUGGCAUUUGCCCGGAUUUAGUACUACUGUUAAAAUCGGCACAGAGUUUAAGUGCAAUGCUACGUACUGCCGAACUAUUAAAAUCGCUGUGUUAUAUCGAUCUAUCGCGUUUACAAUUGGAGGAUUGCGAGGUGAAGCUACAAGGCCUCGAACACAUGUUGAACGUCGAAACGUUUCAAUUAUCGAUAGAGGUUUCCACCAGAUCCGUAGAAACAUCGUUCGUUCAUCUCGCAGUGACUCCCACGAAAAUUGUAGAUCCUGUCAGAGAUGCGCCUCAGUAUGGUGCUUCUCCAGUGCUCGGCAAUAAAGUUUUUGAUCCGCCAAAAUUCACAUCGCAUAUAAAUUGCGAUUGCUACAAGUGUAGCAACGUUUCGUAUCAGUACUUGGUAUUUGCUACCACUUAUAUCAGAGCACAGUUAUAUGCCUUGCAGAAUCAUACCAUGGCAGCACUCGAUCAUUUCCACGGCGCUUUUCAAUUAAGGCAAAGACUAUUCAAAGAAGAAGAAUCAGUUCUACCCGAAAACUGGCCUCGUGAUGAAAUAAUGCGAUUCUCUUGGCAAACUCGUUUCUACAUGAUCGAUUACAUACUGCUAUUGAUCGAUUUUUGUUAUUUUCUGAAAGCGAAAGUAACGUCAAGGCAAGAAGAUGUAUUCAAUAUUGCCAAUUUAGCGGUCAAUAUAUGCGACAAAUAUAAAUUGCAGUGCCAUCCCAUUUAUAUAACGGUUAAGGAAUUGGCAUUUGACAAUGAAUUCCAGCCGGUAUUGGAAUCUUCAGAUUUAAAGUUUACGGUUCCGCAGCCACACGAAAUUAAUACAACUGACCAUGCAAAAAUCCCAAUUGAUCCAAGCGUUUGUGUUACACCAUCCAUUCAAAAUCAUCGUGCCAAGAAACCUCUUUCACUUCGACGUAGAAAGAGCCCAAUAGCUUUAAAGAUAACUAAAAUUAACAUGAUUUGGAGUGAUGAUGAAGAUGAUGAUAGUGUAUCUCCACCACCACCACCACCACCUGUUACGUAUUCGAAUAGAAAAUCUAAGUCACGUAUAAAUUUAGUGAAAAGAAAAAUUUUAGAGAAAGAUAUAGAGGAUGAUUUAGCUAAUUUGAAUAUAGAAGAUUCGAAAGAAACAAAGUCGGAAAAUAUGAAUAAAGAUAGUACGCAAAGGAAAACUAUAAAUGAUAUUAUUACUGAAGUGGCGUCUUUAGUUCCAGAUAUAUCGAACAUUUUAGUAAACUUGGUAGAUAAAUCAGAUUUACCUGCCACAAAGGAAAAUGUAGAUAAAUUGAUAGAAAAUGUAGAAAAUCUCAAAAUUAAAUCAAAGAUAAGGAGAACAAUCGUUAAAGAUACAAAGCAACCAAUGACCACUGAUUAUAAUAAGAAUAUAAGUAAGGCGAUAGAAUUACUAAAAGACCCGACAAUAAACGGUAAGACGAAUGAAAAUGUCGAUUCCUCUACUUCGAUAAAACCUGAAAAGGCUGAUAAAUUACAAGAUCAGAAAAUUCUAGAAAUUCCUAAAGAAAAUAAGUUUUUUAAAAGCAGAACACCGAAAGAAAGAAUAGGAAAGGCAGACACACCAUUAACGAAUAAGAAUAAAACUGUGCGAAAUAAAUCUUCCCAAUUACCUGUAAAUAAUGAAGAACACAGUACAAGAACGACAAGAUCCAGUAUCAGAAGAUCGCAAAAAGAAAAAUCAUCGUGAAAACAUUAUAUG